AUGCCGACCGUGACUGAUCUCAGUGGCUGGUUUAGUUCGUAUUUCUGGCAUAGGCUCGUUCUGCAGAUGAGCCAUUCGGAGGGUGUUGUGAAGAGGGUUGCUGUUGCGUUAGGGGCGUUGCAGAUGAAUGGGGGUUCUGAUCAGCGAGUGGCUUUGCAGUACUAUAACGAAGCGCUGUCUGGUCUUCGGGGGUUGCUUGGUUCGACUGGGAUGCGAUCUAUUGACGUCGCCUUAACAGCGUGCAUUCUACUCUCUUGUUUCGAAGUUUUCCGGAGGGAUUACGCAGCCGCGCAAAUGCACUAUACAAGCGGCCUAGAAAUCCUCAAACUAUGGCGAGGAACCACGGCUUACUCAACAGUCGACUAUCCAUACCCCUCACGCUCCCAAGCAGUAAUCCCCUGUUACGAACGCGCGUUAAUCGAACACUUCUCUCUCCUAGAAACACAAAUCGUCUCAUUUCUCCAAUCACGCCCCGGCUUCGCACAAGACGCCAUCCUUUUCGAACAAAGUAUCUCCAAGAUCCCGAUCCCAAUGGACUUCACUACACUAAACGAAGCAAAAGAAACAUUUAUCUCAAUCAUGAACACAGCGAUGAACCUAACCACCCGCGCCAAAAGCAGACUCGUCUUCAAAACAGAAGAUGAACCGGAGCGCGAUGAAAACGGGCUCUUCCGCCAUCGCGAGACGUAUAAUGCGUCAAUUCAGUUUGCGGCGACUCUGCGUACUCUUACGGGGGAGUGUCAGCUCACGCUUACGCAGUGGAUGGCUGCCUUUGACGCCCUAUAUCGUCGGACAUGCAGAAAUAUGUCUGUCCAGGAGACGGCGUCGACUUCUGUUCUGUGGCUAGUGUAUACAGUCCUUUAUGCGCUUUUCGCGCGAGACUUUUCUACGGGGGAAAUGGGCUACAAUGUAUACGUAAAGGACUUUGAAAACGCAGUAUCUCAUGCCCUAGUCGCGAUACGGCAUCACCACCGCCAUUCAUCAUCACAACAACGUCAACAGAAUCGUCAACCAAUGUUCUCCCUAAGCCUAGGCAUAAUGUCCUCACUCUACUUCAUCGCGACAAAAUGCCGUCACCGCGGUGUUAGGGAUAUGGCUCUCUACGCACUUUCUGCAGCACCAUUACAGGAGGGCCUGUGGAAUCGGGAUAGUGCGUUCUUGAUGACGCGGGUGCUAGUCGAAAUGGAAGAGGAAUCUCGGAUUCCUGGGACUAUUGGGCCGGAGGGGAUCCCUGUGGAGGCGAGGAUUAUUGGCGUGAAUUUUCUGUUGAGGGCUGAGAUGGGGGAGCUGGUGCUUGUUGUUGAUAGACCAGGGGAGAAAGUAGAGAGGUUGGUAAAGUUAUUUCUACCUGCGUCCCGGAGCACACCCCAAGAUACACUUCCAAGGAACCCAACGCCCUAUGUUUCGAACAAUCAAUCAACUCCCGAUAGAAGAGGUAGUACGAGACUACAACGUCACCAAAGGCAAAACGGUCACACGAAUGAUGACUUGCGCACGGGAUACCAGCAGAAGAACGGGAUCCAAGCAAGUCACUUAUCGAAAUAG